AUGUCAUUCUACGUCUUCAUGCAGGAGAAUGUCGACGCAGCUAUCUACGAGGUUGGAGUUGGCGGGGAGAUUGACUCGACAAACAUCAUCGAUCAGCCGGUGGCAGUUGCCAUCACGACGCUGGGAAUAGACCACCAGUCCACGAGAGAUGCCCAUGCUCUGCUGAAAGUGGUACACGAGAGCCUGUAUAAAACCAACAAGACUAGGUUUCGAUAUGUUGUGUUUUGCACCAACGUCACUUUCAAAACUCGACACUCCAAAUCUGAUCUCACCAACUUCAACGUCAACCCCGCAGAGCUCAAAACUCUUCAGGCGCAGAAGGAGAUGGCAGAAACUUGGAGACGCCUCGAUCCUGUCGCUAGGGUGCUUGUGGUUCCGACCAUUGAGGAUUCUAUGGACUUUAUACAGAACAUUGGUAUUGGGGGUUCAGUGAUGAACGUCUUGGUUACUGGGAGCUUUUACCUCGUCGGAGGCUUACUUUCACUCCUCGAGGGCGCCGUCUCUUGA